AUGUCAUAUGUAAACAAAGCUCUCUUCACAGAAACACAACCCAAUGAACUUAAUUUGUUUACCUUACCACCAACGCAGACAGCUGUGGAAAAAAUUUACUAUCAAGAAAUACGACCAAUAUCACAACUAAGCAACAAUACUAGUCCAAUAGAGUUCAACAUAACUGGUCAAAGUGGUUUGGAGUAUCUGGACCUAAAGAGAAGUCAAGUUUAUUUAAAGGUUCGAUGUCGCAAAGGAAAUGGACAGAACCUAUCUCCUGAUGAUCAUGUUGGACCAGUCAACAUGUUGUUGCAUGCUUUAUUCCAACAAGUUGAUGUUAAUGUUCAAGGAAAAAUUAUAACUUCAUCCACUGGUCACUAUCCAUAUCGAGCUAUGUUUCAAAUAAUAUGUGGAUUUGGUCAAGCAGCAAAGCGAUCUCAACUCUCUGCAAUUCUUUGGGAAAGAGACACACCAUCAGCAUUUGAUGAUGCAGAUGUUAACACAGGUCGAAAUCUUGGGUUAUAUGCACGUUCACAAUACUUUAAAGACAGCAAAAUAGUUGAGCUACAGGGACCAAUUUACCAUGAUGUAUUUCAGACAGAUCGAUAUCUCUUAAACCAAACAUCGGUUACAGUAAAGUUUUUUCGAUCUAAACCUGAAUUUUACCUUAUGACACAGAAAGAAAAUGCAGACUUUGUAAUUGAAAUUGAGGAUAUGGUGCUUAAGAUUUGUAAAAUACAACUGUCUCCAGCAAUACUUUACGCUCAUGCACACAUUUUAGAAUCAGCAAAUGCUUGCUAUCCUUAUACGCGAACUGAGGUAAAGAUGCUAUCUGUUCCAACGGGUCAAAUCAACGUGACUUGGGAUCAAAUAUAUCAAAAUGCAAGACCAAACCGUAUUCUUGUAGCCCUAGUAAAGAGUCAAAGUGUAGCUGGAAGUUAUACCUUAUCACCAUGGAACUUUCUCCCCUUUGAUAUUAGUCAGAUUAAUUUAUCUGUGGAUGGAAUACCAGUCUCCGGAAACACAAUGAAACUAAACUACUCAUCACCGACCAAUCAUCUUGAUCUGCCAAUACUUACAGCAUUGUAUGAAGUGACUGGUCGUUGGAUGCGAGACUGUGAUUUAGACAUUAACAGAGAAGACGUUGCAGGAGGAUAUUGCAUUUUUGCUUUUGAACUGGAACCAACCUUUCAAUAUAUGAACUGUAUGUCGCUGAUGAAACAAGGAAAUGUUCGAUUAGAUCUCCAGUUUGCAGCAGGUGUACCCGAACCUAUAACAGUUGUUUUAUAUAGUGAAAACAUGGGAUAUUUCGAAUUGACAAAAACCAGAGAUAUUGUUUUAUAA